GGUGGGGUGGGGUAGGGAUGGGCUCGAAACCGUGGCAAUCCCGGGCUCCUACUUAUCGGACUUUGGAGACUUUUUGGGACACCGAUGAAGAUGCGCCUGGUCCCAGAUGUGGUCACACCCUUACCGCCGUCGCUGCCACCAAGACCCAGGGUCCUAGGCUUAUUCUCUUCGGUGGUGCCACCGCCAUUGAGGGUGGCGCUUCCUCUUCUUCUCCCGGAAUCAGAUUGGCUGGUGUAACCAAUUCAGUGCAUUCUUACGAUGUUCUUACCAAAAAGUGGACAAGAAUAAGACCAGCUGGUGACCCGCCUUCUCCCAGGGCUGCACAUGCAGCAACUGUUGUUGGCACCAUGGUCGUAUUUCAGGGUGGGAUAGGUCCAGCUGGGCAUUCUACUGAUGAUCUUUAUGUGCUUGAUCUAACUAAUUAUAAGUUUAAGUGGCAUAGAGUGGUUGUGCAAGGGCAGGGUCCUGGACCACGCUAUGGCCAUGUCAUGGAUUUGGUUUCCCAGAGAUAUCUUAUUACUGUAAGCGGAAAUGAUGGAAAAAGAGUUCUUUCCGAUGCCUGGGCUUUGGAUACUGGCCAGAAACCAUAUAUAUGGCAGAAGCUAAAUACUGAAGGUGAUAGACCUUCUGCUAGGAUGUAUGCAACCGCUAAUGCUCGCUCAGAUGGUAUGUUUUUGCUUUGUGGUGGAAGAGACUCUUCUGGGACGCCUAUGGCAGAUGCAUAUGGACUGCUUAUGCAUAGGAAUGGUCAUUGGGAGUGGACUCUUGCUCCUGGAGCGGCCCCUUCACCAAGGUAUCAGCAUGCUGCGGUUUUCGUUGGUGUGCAAUUGCAUGUUACCGGGGGUGCUCUUAGAGGAGGACGUGCAGUAGAAGGGGAGGCAGCUAUUGCAGUACUGGAUACUGCUGCUGGAGAGUGGUUGGAUAGGAAUGGGCUUGCUAAGGGACAUGUUGAAUAUGAUGCUUCUUUGGAACUUAUGCGUCGUUGUCGCCAUGCAUCUGCAUCUGUUGGUGCUCGAAUAUAUGUUCAUGGUGGUCUUAGAGGAGAUACACUGUUGGAUGAUUUCCUAGUAGCAGAAUAUUCAUCAUUCCAGUCUGACAUUAAUUCUCCUGUAUUAACCCCUGAGAGAGUCUUAAAUUUUUCCAGCCCCAGAUUCAAUAAUGAAUCUAAUUUCACUUCAUUUGAGACAACUUCAGAUGAUGUUCCAGAUUUUCCUUCAGCUGGGGGCAUGAUUAUGGAUGAAUAUUCAAUGGAGAGACUGAAUGAGGCUUCUGCUGCUGAAGCUGAGGCAGCAAACGCUGUAUGGCAAGCUGCACAGGCUGCAUCUGCUGUUUCUUCAGUAGCAUCUGUAUCUGAUGAAAACUCACAUGCUGCCGAAACAGCUUCAGAUGCUAGUGAAAUUGAAGCUGAUGUUCGCCUUCAUUAUAGAGCUGUUGUGGUUGCUAAAGAGGCUGUGGGCAACCUCGGUGGGAUGAUUCGACAACUAUCUUUGGAUCAGUUUGAAAAUGAGAGCAGACGGAUGAUUCCUUCUAGUGAUCUGUCCUAUCCUGCGAAAAAGUUUUAUAGACAAAAGUCUCCUCAAGGCUUACAUAAGAAGGUUAUUUAUACACUGCUUAGGCCCCGUAAUUGGAAAGCUCCAGCUAAUAGGAGGUUUUUCUUGGAUUCUUACGAAGUGGGCGAGCUUUGUUUUGCUGCUGAACAGAUUUUUAUGCAAGAACCCUCAGUCCUUCAGUUGAAAGCUCCUAUAAAAGUCUUUGGUGACCUUCAUGGACAAUUUGGUGAUUUGAUGCGUCUAUUUGAUGAAUAUGGGUUUCCUUCAACUGCAGGAGAUAUUACGUACAUUGAUUAUCUGUUUUUAGGAGACUAUGUUGAUCGAGGACAGCACAGCUUGGAGACAAUAACAUUGCUUCUUGCUCUUAAGAUAGAACAUCCUGAAAAUGUUCACUUGAUUCGCGGAAACCAUGAGGCUUCUGACAUAAAUGCACUCUUUGGUUUCCGUAUCGAAUGCAUCGAGAGAAUGGGGGAGAAUGAUGGUAUAUGGGCAUGGACACGGUUUAAUCAACUAUUCAAUUGUAUUCCACUUGCUGCUCUUAUUGAAAAGAAAAUUAUCUGCAUGCAUGGUGGCAUAGGAAGAUCAAUACAUGCAGUUGAACAGAUAGAGAAACUUGAGCGGCCAAUAACAAUGGAUGCAGGAUCCAUUGUUUUAAUGGACCUAUUAUGGUCUGAUCCAACUGAAAAUGAUAGUGUAGAAGGUUUGAGACCCAAUGCCAGAGGCCCCGGUCUUGUCACUUUUGGGCCUGAUCGUGUGGCGGACUUCUGUAAGAAAAACAGGCUACAACUUAUUAUAAGGGCUCAUGAAUGUGUAAUGGAUGGGUUCGAGCGAUUUGCUCACGGUCAAUUGAUUACUCUUUUUUCUGCAACAAACUAUUGUGGUACUGCAAACAAUGCUGGAGCUAUAUUAGUAGUUGGUAGAGGAUUGGUUGUAGUCCCUAAGUUGAUCCAUCCUUUGCCACCUCCCAUUCAUUCUCCAGAGGCAUCGCCGGAGCGUGUUGGAGAUGAUGCAUGGAUGCAGGAGCUGAAUAUCCAAAGACCACCAACACCAACUAGAGGUCGUCCUCAACCUGAGGUGGAUCGGAACUCACUUGCAUAUAUAUGAAUGAUGUCAGAACCUGAUGACUUUCUGUAAUUUACGAGAGUAAAGAUCGAUGCUUGGGUAAUGAGAGUUUCAAGAAGUAUAAUAUCAAACCACUUCCGUACACCAUGUAUUCGUAUUCAUGUUGGCAGUAGACAAGUGAAGAAGAUGAGUAGAAGCUCUAGGUUUGAACCGGUAAAUGUAAUAUACAUGCAUAUAGUUUUAUUAGUUCAUCAAAGGGUUGGUAUAACAUCUUUUUUUGGUUGUGCAAUAAUACAGGUAAUUUAGUCAGGGUUGGGCCUAAUUAUUAUUAUUAUUUAUCAUAACCUAAAUGGUGAUUCAUCUAGGGCUUUCAAUUGCAGGAAGCAAAUUUUGAUUCUUGAUUUUAACAUCGUGACGCUGUUAGUGUAAACAAUAAAAUCAUUUUAUUCUAUGUAAGUUUGUCAUUACAUUGAUGAGUUCA